GUUAGAACUACGAAAGAACAGUCAUAUAGCCUGGUAGUGCACCGCAUACGGACGCAACUACCGCACACGCAUACAGCCGAAACACGGCGGCGCAUGAGUUGCCAUCAAAUCGACGCGUACAUUGCCGUGUUUUCGCGGGAUCUCGCUUCUAAAUGUAGCCCUGUAGCAACAUCCGUAUGCAGCGCAUACGACUACGAAUGCAAACAGUGGCCGCACCCACUGGCAAGCGGGCUACUACUGCUGUGCAAGAUAUAACCUGGCCAGUUGACAAGCAAGACCGUGAGGGUUCGCGGUUGAGCCGAAGUGUUCUCCGUCAGACCUCCUGGCUACCGUCAGGCAGUUAGGUCUCCCGGCGUCCUUCCGAGCAAGAACACAAGCGCUGCAUAUCACACGGUGUCGUCAUCCUGAGCCGAUACUCCGCAACAGCACCAGAAGUUGUGGCUGAAGUCUCGUGUUUCGGCGUAACAGUAACAUCGCAGUCAUGGCCGUGCGGUACUUCCACCCGGCCGAUUACUGCGUGCUCGUGGCCGUGCUGGGCCUCUCUUCGUUCAUCGGCGUCUACUUCGCCUGGAAGGACCGCCGCAGCACCAACAACAAGGAGUUCCUCGUGGGAAACAGACAGCUACAGGUGUUUCCGGUGACGAUGUCGAUGAUGGCGAGCUUCCUGUCGGCGAUCGCUAUACUUGGUGUGCCUUCGGAAAGCUUCAUUCAUGGCGCCCAGUACAUGGUCAACUUCAUCGGUGUCAUUGUCGGCAUUGUUUUGGCAGCCCACGUGUUUCUACCCGUCUUCUACGAGAUGGAUAUGAUCAGUGUGAAUCAGUACCUGGAGAGGAGGUUCAACUCUGUGCUCAUUCGGAAGCUUACGUCCGUCAUGACUACUAUCCAAAUGUGUUUCUACAUGGGAGUAGUACUCUACGCUCCGUCACUUGCACUUGGGUCAGUGACAGGCCUUCCUGUGUGGCUCUCCAUUGUGCUGAACGGAGGCGUUUGCGCCUUUUACACGGCAAUUGGUGGCAUCAAAGCCGUCGUUUGGACCGACGUGAUACAGAUGGCGUUGAUGCUUUCUGGGUUCUUCAUCGUCACCAUCCAGGGCUUGAUAAUGACUGGUGGACCUUCUGCAGUUUUUGAAGCUGUCGACAAACGUGGACUACUGGAGUUUUUUGACAUGAGCUUCGACUUUCAGAAGACCUUCACCUUCUGGAACGUGGUCAUCGGCUGCUCUGUCGUCUGGAGCAUGGGAUUCUGCACCAACCAGAGCAUGAUACAGCGCUUCUGCGCUCUCGGCUCCAUUCGCAAGGCACGCACGGCGCUGUACAUCAACAUGCUGGGCGUAGCAGUAGCGAUGACGCUAGCUGUGUUCUGUGGCUUGGUGCUUUUCACGCUCUAUGAACAGUGCGACCCCGUCAAGGCGUCCGUUAUCAACAAGUAUGACGAGUUGAUGCCGUACUUUGUAAUGGACACAUUGGAUUACCUGCCCGGCAUAGCUGGGCUCUUCGUCACAGCUGUCUACAGCGGAUCACUCAGCACGAUGUCGUCUGGCUACAAUGCGUUGGCUGCCACCACAUGGGAGGAUUUCUUAAAACCGAAGCUGAAGCUGUCACCGAGAGGCGCCAUGUGGGCAACGAAGGCAAUCGCCGCCGGUUACGGUCUCCUCACGGUGGUCAUUGCAUUCCUCGCCGGCAGCCUGCCUUCCAUCCUAUCGGCCACUUUUGUCACAACUGGAUCCUUCGGAGGCGCCUCUGGGGCCACAUUCUUCGUCGGUCUGCUAGUUCCAUGGUGCGGAAGCCGGGUUGUUUUGCUGUCCAUGGUCACGGGCAUGGGACUGUCCUUUUGGGUGGCCAUCGGAAGCAUGAUGUAUCCUAAAAAACCUGUGGCUGCCCUCACUACGCUCGAGGAGUGCACGUUCAACUACACUCUUAGGGUGCCCCCUCAUCGGACUUACCACUCCGGGGGCAUAUACGAGUUGUACCAUGUGUCCUACAUGUGGAUUCCCGUCAUCAGCUUCCUCACCACUUUCCUCGUAGCGGUCGUUGUUACGCUACUCUGUGGUCUCAAGAACUCAAAUGAUGUUGACCCAAGCCUAAUAGCACCGUUCGUGAGGAAGCUGUACCUCAGGACGAGUGCCAAAGAGCACAAGGAACAAAAACAUGGUCUUACGAAAGCGGAGAAAAAUGCCACCGAGAAACCGCAGAAACUCCGCGAGAUCUUCAGAAUUUCCAACGGCCACGUGAACCUCGCCAUGACCAGUGACGAUGGCACACAACACACCACCAUUUAGGAAUCCAAGAAGACGUGUUUUACGGCGGAAAAUUAUUUUCGCCGCUUGUGUACCUGAAAUUGCGGGACUUGAAAAUGCGUAGGAACCUUAGAACAGUUCCGCGAGCCCUGAGGGGAGGGGGGAUCGUACAAGCCAGAGAUGUCAUUCAAGGCUGUCGUCUUGUAGACGCCAAACAAAUACACGUGCCAUCGCGAUGGCCUGGGAAGUGUAGAGGUCCAACAGGACUGUUGUCACUCGCUACGAAGGAGAUUCGAUUUCGAUUUCGUCUGAUUCAAUUUCACUACCUCGCGUCGUGUCCGGUAGACAUAGAGACGUCGCGUUUGAAGCCCUACUAUUCGCGUCGCUUUAUUUCUCAGCGUAACGCUUUUCUCUGAGAGACCUACAGGUUUCCGCGUGUCGUGAUUUCUUGUUUUAUAGGUGAUAAUUUUACUUCUCUGUUGCCUUUUAGCAUGCGUCAUCAUCCUCAAUCUAUUUCGUGCGCCAUGUUUAAGAUACGCAGCACACUUUUCGGACGUGAGAGUCGCAUGUUACGGUGCACUUGGUGCGCGCGAAAGAAGAAUGUCGUUACACUAAGCAACAAGCCAGCCAAGAUUGUCCACAGAUAACGUGUUGCCCGGGGUAAAAUUGUAAAAACGCAGGUUUUUUGUUGUACAUGACAACAAUGGUUAGUGCUUCCAUGCGCCAUGACAGUAAUAGUACGGCGUGAUAGCGCCCUCGUGAGUGAUGCUUGAAACCGGUCGGCACUUUAAAGCACCUGCGAUAUGUGACCCGCUAUUCCUUUAACGCGUGAGAAUGUGAGCCUAAACUGCUGGUCUUUAGCAAGUGCAAAAAAAAGUAUUAUGAAGCCUGGUUGAAUGACAUUCAAAUAGAGUUGUGUUCCAAACAGCAAGGGACAUCACAAGGAAGCUCAAGCCUCAUUUAGUUUGUUUUUAUGCCGAGUCUGUUUGUGUAAUGCAUUCGUCACAGGAAGUGGAUGCGCUAUACAACCAACUUUCCCUUGAUAUUCACUUGUUUCACCUGUGAACUUAAAACCUAGCACGAGAAAAACACUUCCAGGAAGUCCCCCUAGCUCCUGCCCUCUGAAAACUUAUCUCCGUAUUUUCUCUUUACUUUUCCCUCUGAUGCAAGCUUUACCUCCGGCCUUCUGUGAAAUGAAGGUCGUUGCCCUUUGUUCUUUUCUCACCACUCUUUAGAUCAAAGUGGAAUUAUCCUACCGUCAGAACAGAAGACGAACGCACUGACACCCGUGAACGCUGAAACAGUUUCCUAUAUACAGUGAAUUAUUCGUACUGGUAUCAGAUCGCUCAAAUUCAUAAGAACACCCUCUUCCAAGAAAAACUCUUAAAACCGUGCCUAUGCGGCUUUCGUGUAUGCUCGCUUUAUUACGCACGUAAUAUUGGCUGAAGCAUUGCGUGCUUAUGAACUACGUUAAGCGAUAUAAGGUCACAAAGCCAAGGUCAGGGGUCAGCGGUUAUGGAUAUGCAUGGAAAACCGGACAUCCGCGACAGUGCGUCGAGCACCAGGACCACACGCAGUUUGCCUUUUAACG